UCCUUCUACGUCAGCGACGCAGGGUGGUUCAUGAAUGGGGCUCUGAAGUGGGAGGGCCCGUCUUCUGACUUUAGCAGACAGGAGGAGGAAAAAAGUGGGUGUUGUUGUGUUUUGCAGCGAUGCUCCUUCAUGACUGUUUCUAAACAGACGAGCAGCUGUUUGUGUUUGCGCAUUGGAGCGGAGUGAUCUUCCCCCAGAAGGACCAGAACCUUCCGGCUGAGAGGAGCAGGCCAGCGGCCACAGCAGCAGCAGCAGCGGGACCAAAGGGAGUCAGAGUCGUGUCGUGGAGCCAUGGGGUUUCGCAAGAAAAACAAGAGCCCGCCGGUGUUGAGCCACGAGUUUGUGAUCCAGAAUCACGCCGACAUGGUUUCCUGUUUGGCCAUGAUCAUCCUCCUCGGCCUAAUGUUUGAGGUUACAGCAAAGUUUGCCAUCAUGUUCAUCACAGUCCAGUACAAUGUAACCCAAGUUCUUGAUGAGAAAAGCGAGCCAGUAAACCUUUACCAGUACGGCCCUAAAGAUGUGGCCACUGUGUUUUUCUACCUGCUCAUAGCGGUCAUCCUUCACGCCUUGAUUCAGGAAUAUAUUCUCGAUAAAAUUAACAGGAGGUUGCACCUGUCGAAAACCAAACACAGCAAGUUUAACGAGUCGGGGCAGCUGGCAGCGUUCUACCUGCUCUCCUUUAUCUGGGGCUGCAGCAUCCUGACGGCGGAGGAAUUUGCAACAAAUCCAACUUUCUUAUGGGAGGAUUACCCACACACCAACAUGGUUUUUCAGGUCAAAUUCUUCUACAUUUGCCAAAUUGCCUACUGGCUCCAUGCUCUUCCCGAGCUCUACUUUCAAAAAGUGCGAAAGGAGGACAUCCCUCGCCAGCUUUAUUACAUUUGCCUUUAUGUUGUCCACAUCACUGGUGCCUACGUCUUAAACCUCCACCGACUGGGCCUAGUGCUGCUGGUCCCUCAUUACCUGGUCGAGCUUCUGUUCCACGCUUCACGCCUCUUCUACUUCAGUGAUGAAAACAAGCAAAAAGGAUUCACUUUAUGGGCGCUACUUUUUGUCAUUGCUCGCCUCCUUACCCUCACACUGUCAGUGCUGACAUUCGGUUUUGGCCUGCCCCGUACGGAGAACCAUGGUUUUUCCCUGGCAGAAGGCAACUUUAAUGUGCUCACCAUAAGAAUGACUUGUCUCGCAGCCAUCUGUCUGACGCAGGCCUGGAUGAUGUGGAAGUUCAUUAAUUUCCAGUUAAAAAAAUGGAGAGAGCACAGCCAGAACCAAGCAUCAAAGAAGAAGACAGUUAGCCCAAAGAGCAAGCCUCAUAAAAGAGAAAAUUCAAGGGGAGGCGCUGUUAAUGGAGUCGUCAAGUCUGACGAUAAAAUGUCACCACGAGCAAGAAAAGUCAAAGCUUCAUAAAGUUGGACAAGCUUGGAGAUGAGAAACCAGUUUCUUACACAAGACAAUUAUACACUACAGGUGGUUUCAGGCUGCCAGAACCUUUUCAUAGUUCUCAUAACUAUUUAAGGUGGAUUCCUUACAUUGUUUGUCUGCCUUUGCACUGCAGUAACCAUGUGCUAUUUCUUUUUAGAGCUGCUUUUGAUGGGUGUUUUUAAAAUCCUGUUUCAGAAAAUGAUCUUUCUUUGUGUGAUAGAAAGCCAUGAGUUGCAUGCGGUAAUGUAGGUGGCCUGGUUGCAGAUGUCGUGUGGAGCAGGUUUCUAACUCUGUCCUUAUCUACCUGAUUUUUAAAAACAAACUCAAACUGAACACAGCAGCUUAAUGUGUCCAUGAAGAAUAUUUGAUCAAAUUCACCAAAAUGAAACACUAUUAACUAUAACACCUCAAACAUUAAGCUAAUUAAUUUGAACCGUUGUGCUUAAAACAUUUAGUUAUCAGGUGUUUUUUUUAUGGCUCUCUAUAUUUUUUUGAAUCUUGGAAACAAAUACUUUAAAAUUCUACUAUUGCGUAAUACAUGUUUUUAACAGUCAGACAGGACUUUAUUUUACCUUCCCAAGCAACAUUUCAUUUAACUAAUUUAAGAGAUCAGGGUUUUGCUUUAGUUUAGGAUUCCACUAAUUAAACCAACUGAGCUUUACAAAAUCGUUGAUCUUAAUCUGAUUUCUGAUUAACUUUUAAACACAAGGAAAAAGCUGGGGUCAGGGGAAGCAGUUCAGAUACUUACGGGGAAAGUAACUGACAGGAUAGUCUGUCACCCUUCACCUUGACUGUGACCAUUUACAAAGGGCUUCCCUCCUUUGUAGUUUUACAUAUCAGUUGUGCAGACAUGGGGAGGCCUAAUUCAGGCAGAGGAACCUCAGUAUGGCAGUGACAGUAAGUUGGCCAGUCUUGCAAACUGUGGAUUUUUCAAGACAAUCAUCAUUUAUUAAUGUGAAAUUUGUCUUGUUUGGGUUCUAAACUCUUAUGUGACCUUAGCUCACUUAGCAGAGAAGUGUCUUCCUUCGUAAGCUCCUAGAUGGGAACAUAAGCAAUCAAUGGAUGACAGUAUCCAGGGAACUUUACCAAACAAGAGACAUGUUUUUCAUGCAGCAAAAUUGAAAAAAUACUAAAUUGUUCCCAACCCAUCAAAACAAUCAAACGAACAUCGCCAGCAUGCAUUCAAACA